UCUCGAUCCAGUCAGGUACGCGAACAUUCGGACAAGCCGCCAAAACAAGAUUAUACCUAGUCGGUUAUGCGGAUUGCGGAGACGAUAUUUCGCGUGUUUUACUCUUCCUAAAUGACAAUAAUACGAAUGGUUUUUCAAAGUGUCUAAAUUGAGUUUAAACGACUGGUGUUCAAUUACUUUUGCGAGUUCACGAGAUUAUUAUUGGUGAAAUGUUCGCGAAGUGCUGAUUAAAGUGAAUUCAAGUGAUUUGUUUGAUACUUCGGAAGUUCGGAUUCGUUAAUUGAGAAAUGGAUUGAUUGAUUGUUUGAACUCAAUCGAAUAUAUUAACGACAAUUACGUCAAUGGAACGCGAAAUUACCUAACGCGAAGAAUCCGAUGUAGAUGUUGCAGCAGCCAUGGCACAUGUACUGAACAUACUCCUAAAAGCGAUCAAAACGGCAGCGAAAUUCGCCAGCGGUGGGAAGUUUAUAGUCAUACCCGCGUUCUUGGCCGCACUGACGUACUACAAUUACGAUCUCUACGAUCCGGAAAAUCAGCCGAUAAAUCAAAAGCAUCUUCGACCGGAAUACGAUUUCAUCGUAGUCGGUGGCGGAUCAGCAGGCGCCGUCAUAGCUAAUCGAUUAUCCGAAAAUCCCGACUGGAAUGUUUUACUACUGGAAGCCGGCGGUCAUGAAUCCGAGUUGACAGACGUGCCUGUGCUUUCGUUGUAUUUGCAUAAAAGCAAAUACGAUUGGAAGUACAGGUCGCAGCCGAUGAAUACAGCGUGUCAGGCGAUGAAAGAUAAGAGAAGCUGUUGGACUAGAGGUAAAGUUAUAGGGGGAUCUUCGGUUUUGAAUACCAUGCUGUAUGUGAGAGGCAAUAGGAGGGAUUUCGAUUAUUGGGCAGCCCUGGGUAAUCGAGGAUGGAGCUAUGAGGAAGUGCUGCCUUAUUUUAUGAAGUCUCAAGAUCAACGAAAUCCUUAUUUGGCCAAGAAUACCAGGUAUCAUGCGACAGGAGGGUAUCUUACCGUUCAAGAUGCUCCGUGGAAUACACCUUUGGGAAUCGCAUUUCUACAAGCUGGCGAAGAGAUGGGCUACGAUAUUACAGAUAUCAACGGUGAGAAUCAAACCGGCUUCGCGUUAUUUCAGUUCACCAUGAGACGAGGAUAUCGUUGCAGUACAGCCAAAGCUUUCCUAGCGCCAGUCCGACUACGCCAAAAUCUCCACGUCUCUUUAUGGAGUCACGUAACCAAAAUUCUUAUCGAUCAAACCACCAAACGAGCCUAUGGAGUGGAAUUUCUUCGAGACGGCGUGAAAAAAGUCGCAUUAGCCAAACGCGAAGUCAUCCUAUCCGCUGGUGCGAUAAAUUCGCCGCAACUGUUAAUGCUUUCUGGAAUCGGGCCAGCUGAGCACUUGCACGAGCAUGGAAUUCCUGUUUUGCGCGAUUCGCCGGGAGUAGGUCAAAACCUGAUGGAUCAUAUCGCAGUCGGUAGUUUAGCGUUCCUAAUCGAUUACCCGAUCAGUUUGGUGAUCAGUCGAGUCGUCAAUAUACCGUCUGUUAUGCGAUACUCGCUGCUGGGCGAAGGUCCGAUGACAUCCAGCAUAGGUUUAGAAUCGGUCGCGUUCAUCACCACUAAAUACGGAAACGUAACAGACGACUGGCCCGAUAUCGAGUUCAUGUUAACAUCAUCCAGUGCCAACUCAGACGGCGGUACAGCCGCUAAAAAAGCUCACGGAUUACGAGACGAAUUUUACGACGAGCUUUUCGGCGAUAUAAAUAACAAAGACGUGUUCGGCGUUUACCCUAUGAUGCUACGUCCCAAAAGCAGAGGAUACAUUAAAUUAAGAAGUAAAAAUCCGAUGCAGUAUCCUCUCAUGUACGCUAAUUACUUAUCGCAUCCGGACGACGUUCGUGUUCUCAGGGAAGGUGUCAAAGCUUCUUUAGCCAUCGGUGAAACCACUGCCAUGAAGAGAUUCGGGGCUCGUUUUCACUCCAGACCAGUCCCAGGAUGUAAAAAAUACACCGCUUUUACCGACGAGUACUGGGAUUGUGUGGUACGUCAAUACACGAUGACCAUUUACCAUAUGUCUGGUACUGCGAAAAUGGGUCCUUCCUUCGAUCCCAUGGCUGUGGUCGAUCCUUACUUGAGAGUAUACGGGAUACAAGGGUUACGAGUCAUCGAUGCUUCCAUAAUGCCCCAAAUUACCAGCGGUAAUAUCAACGCUCCUGUGAUCAUGAUCGCCGAAAAAGGCGCAGAUAUGAUUAAGGAUUAUUGGAAUGAAAUCAAAGUACCUGGCAGAGUGAGAAAAAAACGAAAUCUGAAUCGUAGCUAACGUUUAGUAGAGUAAUCUCGAGUGCAUUUAUUCCUAUAGAAAUUAUUUAUUUGUCAGAUGUGCGAGUAACAGUAAACUGUGAUGAUUCGUGAAUUACGAUCCAUCUUGAAAAUUUUAUUCCUCGAGCUAUGAGGAAAAAUUAUGAGAAAAUACCGGAUUCAGGUAGUAGUCUCUUUUUCCAAAAUUGUUUCUACUGAAAGAAGAUCAUUUUUAGUAGAUGAGAUUUUAGCUGAAAUGUCAACAUUGCUUUAUAAUUUGUCAAAAAUCAAUGUGAUACUUUUUUUUUUAACGAGUUCGUCGAUUUUCUUUUUUAAGGUCUGAAAUAUCAAAAUUAAUUUUUCUCGAAUGCAGUUCUGCAGCACUCCUUUUUAAUUAUAAUUUUUGUAUUGAUUGUUCCAAAAUACGAGCAGUAGUAAGUACUGUGAACUCAUAAAAUGCUGCGCCUUUGUAAAAUACUCGUACCUACCAUUUCUUUGUAUUAUACUUACCAUUAUUUUAAGAUGAAAAGAGAAGAUGAAAAACCAUUGUAAAUAUCGCCAUAUUGACUUUGCUCAAAAAAAAAAAUCAAAAACUGCCUUAAUUUUAAGUAAAAAGGAAUUUUCAGGUAAAAUAGGUGAAAUGGUUCUAAAAUUGGGUAACUACGAUGGGUUGAUGUGAGGUAUCUUACCACCUACACUUUCUUUUCCCUUAUACCCCCAAAAAAUUCAGAAACAUAUUUUUCCCCUCUAAAUGGUGACAUUUUUUGUUCAUCAAUCAUUGAUUCUUUUCCCUAACAAUAAUGGUCUUUUUUUAACUGCAUUUUUUCCCACUGGAAAGGGCACAUUUUGUUCAACAAUGCACUAAAAAUUAUUAAUACGAGGGGCGAUCAAAAAGUUCCCGGCCGACGUCCCGUACGGGCGAACGGAAGCACGUAACGGGCUGAAAUUUCUACCACACGUGAAUUCAACCUUUACGAAGGCGUGGUAAAAAUUUCAGCUCGAUCCGCCGAGCGGGGCGUUUUUCACGCGCGUUUUCCUACGACAACUUUUUUUUACCCGUUCCGUUUUUGUUUUUACCAAAUUCGUCACUCGGAACAAAAAGGAUCGUUGCAGGUGAACGGUUUGACUUGGAGGGUUGAAAUUUUUAUGGUGGGGAUGUACAACGGUACGCUACUACUCCAGCAAGUUUCAGUUCCAUAUGACCCGCGGUUCCAGCGUCACGCGUGUUUUAGUGGACGUGAAAAAAAAUGACAACGCGCCUUGCCAUACAUCAUUUGUUGUCCAGUCUUACCUUAAUAAAAAAAAAAAAUCAUCGCAAUUCCACAUGCACCGUACUCCUCAGACUGUAGCCCAUGUGAUUUCUUCCUAUUUCCGCGCUUGAAACGCCAUCUAAAGGGAAAAAGGUACGACACCGUCGAUCACAUUGGUCGGAGAGUCGAAAAAGGAGCUGGCAGUGCAUCAAAACAGACAAGUUGGCCACCAAUGGCUCAAACGCUGGAGACGCUGCGUGAAUGAGGGGGUUAUUAUUUUGAAGGGGAUCAUUAGAGCUACACGUACGUGUGUUUAUUUUUAAAAAUGAAUGAUUUUUCGAUUUUUAAUGAUUUUUUUAAUAAAACGGAACGGGUAAAAAAAAGUUGUCGUAGGAAAACGCGCGUGAAAAACGCCCCGCUCGGCGGAUCGAGCUGAAAUUUUUACCACGCCUUCGUAAAGGUUGAAUUCACGUGUGGUAGAAAUUUCAGCCCGUUACGUGCUUCCGUUCGCCCGUACGGGACGUCGGCCGGGAACUUUUUGAUCACCCCUCGUAGGUAUUUUUUAACGCAAAAAUUUGUAGGUAAUUUUUUUCUAAAAAUGAGUUCAUUUAGGUGCUUUUAGUUUUUAGCAAAACUGAAAAUUUCGUUGAAAAGUAAAGGUGCCUGCACACAUGCUGUGCAUUGAAAUCAUUUUGUAAUGGUUAUUGAUUGAUCAAUUUAUAAACAAAAACUUCAUGCAGUCAUGCACAAAUAUUUUCAAAAAAAAAAAAUCAAAACUUUACCAAAUUGGUCUAAUAGGUCAAGAUUUUCAAUUUUCAACCUCUCCAAGUACAUAUAAUAGAAACAGUCCCAUACCGUUUUGAGCAGUUCUGAAGCCUCCGACUAACUCUUCAAUGUUGAAAAUUCCCCAAAAUUUUAUCUAAAGAAGUUGCAAAGCAUUUAUGUAGUACUUAUGCUCUAAUUUCAACAUGUCGAGUUACCUUUCUUAGUUUUCUAUGAAAAAUUCCUUCAAAUUUGUUCACCUAAAAUUGUCCCUUUUUAACUAAAAAAUUAUGGUAUUUUUGUUUGCCAAAAAAUGUCAUUCUUAUUUUGAAAUUUCCUUUGUUUUCUAUUAAGAAUUAAAUCAUAGAUUAUUAUUAUCAUGUUUUUCGAAAAGAAAAAAAUUUUGUUUUUGCGAAGGAGGGGGGAAAGGAGUCGAAUAUAUAUUAUCUCAGUGUUUUGUUAGGACAAAAGCUCAAUGCAAAUUCAUGCAUUUGGGCUUUGUGAUUUUUUUUUGGUUUGUUUUUUGAUGAGCAGGUACAUACCUACUUCAUUUAAAUAAACAAAUUGAAUAAAAAAAUUGUCUACGUAUGUAGUAUGUACUUUUUUUCAAAAAGUCGCCAAAAUAUCUGUUCUUUGGCGAAAUAUGUACGUUUUAAAAAAAUGUAUAAAGCGAAAAGUGUUCAGCACAAAAUUUUACUUACUCCAUAACCAAAUUUCAAUUUUUUUGAAAAUUUUGUAUCUUUCAAAAUACUUGAGUAGAGACACUUACGUUUCAUGUUGAUGCCUCUUCGGCCCGGAUGGGCAUAUACAAUUUGGGCACAUUCUCACUCCUGGCAUACAAACUGGGCACACUGCUAGAAAUCGCCCUCUAAUGACACAUACAAAUUGGGCACAUACAAACUGGGCACACUAGAAAAAAAAGAACGAAAAGAGCACAUACAAACUGGGCACACAGGAAAGAAUGAACCUCGCAUUUAAAACUUUUAUUUAAAAACUUGAAUGUAAAAAAUUUGUCACACCUAACCUGCGCAUAAAUACGCAAGUAGGUACCUAGUUUAGGUACAGUACUCUAAUACGGAUAAUAGGGAUGGAUGUAAGUUUAAUUUUAUGUACCUAUUACCUAACAAGGGAGGUGCCCCAGGUGACAUUCACCGAUUUCAAAGAUUCUUGCACCAUUAGAUAGAGGACAUCAAAUUUAGCCUAACCACAAUUAAUUUUCAGGUGCUGAAGUUGAUAUUACGAUUUUUGAGAACGACUUUUCGAUUUUUCACAUCUCGUAAGUAUAAAUCCGAGUAGCAAUUUUGAAAAAUUGAUCAAAAAUAGCCGGCGCAGGUCGCAUAUCGAAAACUUCCAUAUUAUUUGGGAAUUUUAAUACAUAUGAUGACACUAACCCACAGUGAAAUUUGUUGCUGCUGAAGUUGAUAUUUUGGCCGUGCAGGGCGAUUUUUCGAUUUUCACAUUGCAUACCUAUUUUGAAAUAAAAAUUGGUCAAAAAAUAUCAACUUCAGCAGCUGAAAAUUUCACCACGGGCUAGUCUCAUGAUAUGUAUUAAAAUGCCCAAAUAAUACGAGAGGAUUUGGUAUGCGACCAGGGCCAACGAUUUCUGGGCAAUUUUUCAAAAUUGCCAUGUGAAAAUCGAAAAAUCCCCUGGGAUUACUGAAAUAUCUACUUCAGAAGCUGAAAAUUUGGGGUUAGACUAUGUCCGAUGUCCUCUAUUCAAUGGUGCAAAAAUCGUUGAAAUCGGUGAAUGUCACCAGGGGCACCUUCCUUGUAAGUAUUGUAAGUACAUGAAUUAGGAGAGUAGGUACUAGGUACCUACUUUGUUGAUGAGUACCUACAUAUGUACAAUUGUACAUCUUGGAUGAAAUCUAUUGAGAACAUAAUUAUGUGUGGAUACAUGUCCUAUCUAUUUUACCUAUUUGAUUAUUUUCUAGUGUGUUGAAAUAGUAUGGCUUCUUUUCGAUUUCGUUCAUUUUUUCUAAUGUGCCCAAUUUGUAUGUGUUCCUUUCGAUUUCGUUCGCUCAUUCUAAUGUGCCCAAUUUGUAUGUGUUCCUUUCGUUCUUUUUUUCUUAUGUGCCCAGUUUGUAUGUGUCAUUACUGACCCCCUGGUGUGCUUGCUUAUCUUGUGCCCAAAUUGUAUAUGCCCCUUAGAUCAUACCAUAAAAUGCAAUGGAGCAUUGUGGAUUUAGUAUUUUAUCCUCAACAACUUCGCUCUCUUUGCUAGAAAUUUUUUUCAAUACAUCCAUAGUUUCUCAAAUUUGAGAAUAGAGGCAUUUCACUCAUUUUACCUGUGAAUACCUUCAUCAAAAGUAAUUUUUUUUAGUUAUAAUAUUGUUGAAUUAUUCGUAUAAUGAUUUAAGACUGUCACACGAUGAGAAAAAUAUGCGAGCAUUAUUCGUUCAAACCAGCUCUAUUGUGUGAAUACCAGUAACACAUUCUUAUGCUAUGCAUAUCUGUACUAGAUGUGUGUAUUAUGCACUCUCAGUUUUUAUGUCGUAACCGCUCACAGGUUAAAUAUCACGUGGUAAAGUAAAAAUGAGUUGAAAUAUUUUGCAAUUUUACAUAAAAGAAUCGCUGCUACUUGAACGUACAUAUAACUAAGUAUCUAACAUGGAAACGAUUAAUUGUAGCUGUUUUUCUCAUUGUUUUUAAUGUAGGUAUUAUGUAUUUUAAUAAAAGUACAAAAAUCAGAGACAACCACCAAGGUUCCUUUACGAUCACGUUUUUGACGAUAUUAAUAUUAGAGAUGUAUUUAUUUUUUAUCGUUAUUUCUAGUCGUAUACUUAUUAAAAAAUUGAGGUUUUAGUUAUCUUCCUUAAUUAUUACGAGUAAAUGUUUGUAAAAAAUUGAUCACUAUCUAAAAUAGUGUCGGAUUUAUUUCAUUUGCAUAAUGCAUUCCAUUCCGAUGAAGCUCCCACGAAAAUUACCCUACGAUAAUAUGGAGUGUGGAGAUAAGUCUAAAUUCAUUAGCUAAGGAUUUUAUUUUUGAGUAACUCAUGUCGAUUUUGAUGAAUAAUGAUGAUAUGAAAGUUUUGUCGUGUCGUCAACAAUGCUGUGUGUACAAAUA